GGAAGGCACAAGGGAAGGGAAUCGCCGCCGCCCUGCCUCCUCCCGGAGCUGAAGGCCAUCCAUCGGUCGAUCGAUCAGUGAUGGAGCCAGCCGCCGCACCGCCGGAGCCGGCUUCUCCGCCUCCUCCGACCACCGUCCGCCGGAACCCACCCCGCCGCGCGAGGCCUCCCCCCACCCCGCUCGCCUCCGCCAAACCCAAGCCCUCCUCCCUCUCCCGCUUUCUCCAAGACGAAGCAGCAGCCUCCAUUCCCGCUCCGCUUCCUUCCUCGUCCUCCCCACAAGAGGAGCGCCUCAAGGUGUUCCUCCGCAUCCGCCCCCUCCCGGACCGGGACCGCUGCAAGGCCGUCGCCCGCCCGCCGCCCGGCAAGGACCCGCGCCGGAAGCCCAAGCAGGCCGGGGGCGGGGAUGUUUGCCUCGUGCCCACCGGACCCAACUCCGUCGCGCUCACCGUCCCGCAGUCCAAGCUAGUCGACCCCAAGCGAGGCCGCACCGAGGUCUUCGAUGGCUUCUCCGCCGUUUUCUCGCCCGACUCCACCCAGCUUGAUAUCUUCGUGCAAGUGAUGAACCCACUGGUCGAUGACUUUUUGGGAGGAAAGAGCGGCCUUCUGGUUGCUAUGGGUCCGACAGGGUCUGGAAAGACGCAUACCAUCUUUGGUUCUCCGAGGAAUCCUGGUAUACUACCGCUCAUGCUACGGCAAAUCUUCAAUGCACAAGAUGAAAACAAGGUCGCCAGCCAACCGACAAGAUUAUUUUCCUUGUCAAUGUUUGAGAUACUUUCUGAGGGAAAAGGAGAACGCAUUCUUGACCUACUGUCUGAUGCUACAGAGUGUGUUCUUCAGCAGUCAUCGAUUAAAGGUCUUCAAGAGGUGCCACUUGUGAAUCUCGCAGAUGCUGAGAGCUUAGUUUCACGUGGUAUGCUGAAGCGCAGCACUGCGGCAACAAAUGCCAACAGCAAGUCAAGCCGAUCACAGUGCAUCAUCACUAUACGUGGCGUUCAUAAAAGAAGUGAUGCGGACAGUGAGCAUUUACUUAGCAAUGCUGUUCUGACCAUAGCCGACCUUGCAGGGGCAGAGCGGGAAAGGAAAACUGGAAAUCAAGGUUCAAGGCUGUUAGAAAGUAACUUCAUCAACAAUACAUCCAUGGUUUUUGGUCUCUGUUUGAGGUCUUUGCUAGAACAUCAGAAAAAUCAGAAGAAACCAUUAGAAAAGCAUUUCAAGAACUCAAUGUUGACAAGGUACUUAAGGGAUUACCUAGAAGGAAGGAAGAAAAUGACUCUGAUUCUGAAUGUUAAGCCAGCGGAUGAUGAUUAUCUGGAUACAUCAUUUCUUCUCAGACAAGCAUCUCCUUACAUGAAAAUAAAGUACACCAGCCUUGAGGAUUCUUCUGACUUGGUUUCACAAAAGAGAAGCAAUGCUUCCUUGAUUUGCCAAGAGAACAAGAAAAAGAGGAAGGUUCAGAAGCCUGAAGUCCUUGGGGUUGAACAAAAGGAAAACAUUGAGACAGAUAAUAUUGCUAAAGUUUCUGAAGAAGAUGACACGCAGCACAAGUUUCUCAACUCAGAGUUGCGAAGGGUAUCCAGAAGCGAAGCAAUAAUGACGAACUUUGCCAGGGCUUUAUGGACUGUAUUAAAGCAGUAUAAACACAAACUUUUGGAGUCUGAGAAUGCUGCUAAGAGCAUGAAACAAUUGAUUAGAGAUCAAGAUAUCCAAAUUGUGGAGUUGAAAAAGGAGCUGGAGGUUCUAAACUCUUGCUGUUCAUGCAAGAACGUUCCAGUUACUGAAGACACCUCUAUUGACCAAGAUGAUUCUGUAUCAUCUGGUCAAGCUGGCCGAAGUUUGGGUUUUCUAUCAAAUAAACCCAACCUUGGAUCUUAUGAUGCUUCAGUAGAUAAUUUCCAUUUAGUAGCAGAAGAGGUCUCAAAAGAACUCAAAAGCCAUGGUCCUGAAAAUUCUUCAGGGGAAUCCGUCAGUUGUGAUGCUUCGUCGAUUUCUUUGAUAGAUGAACAAGAACUGAGCUCCAUAGGUCUUAAGCCAGAAAAACCAUGUUGUGCUGAUGCUUUUGGUCCCAAGUCUCACGCAGAAGAAGGAAAUACCAAGGUAGAGGUACAAGCGAUUCAUAAGAAAUUGGAUGCAUCUGAAUGUUUUACUGAGCAAACAUCUGAACACACUGGUGGUGUAACGCCUUCAUCCAGCCAUUCAGAUAAUCAAUCAGAUCAAAGCUUGACAGAACAUCAUAUGCUUCCAUGUCUCAAGACUGAAAGGGUCAGCCUGUCUCCACAGUUCACUAGUUGCAGCAAGAAAGCUACCAUAGAACAAAGUGAAGAUGAAACAGAAGAGUCAUGCAAGAUAACAGUAGAAGAUAUUCAUCAUGAUGUCAGUAGAAGAGAAGUGAAGCAUCCUGAUUAUCUGAACUCUUCUCAGCGAGUGAGCUCGGACACAGAAGAUGUCAGCUCAAGCCAAUCUUCCUUGGAGUUUCCAGGAAUGGUUGCUCCUCAAAAGAAACUUGAGGAACUGGACCUGGAACCUGAAAGAUGUGAACCUGGAGUGGUAAAUGCGACUGUAGAAUGUGGUAUAGGCCACAGUCAAGCUCCAGAGCAAAUGAGUGAUUGCGGAGUCAGGGUUCCAUGUUUGCUGAAGGAAAUAACUUGCCGAGCGAAGGCUUCAACGGCCCCAAGUAAGGUCAGUGAGGCAGAGGAAGCUGCAGAUAAAAACAAAGAAGGUUCUGCAUCUAGACCUCGUGAUACAAAGAAAACUAGGAGGAGGCUGCAGCCAGCUGCUGCUAUGAUGCUCAAGGAAUUCACUGGUGCUGACCUUGAUGUGGAUACGAAAAGGGAAGAAAGAGGCAAAUCACAAUCCAGCGCGGCAUCCGGGAGAUCAGAUGCGUUGGUUCGACUUCUGAAGGCCCGUCCAGUCCGUAGAGCAUAGGCAAUUCGGCAUAGCCUCACAGUUUCAUGUGCAGGGCACAUUAUUUUGUUGCAGCUGCUCGUUGACAGUUGAAACGCCAUGAAUCUGUUAAGCAAGCAACUAUGCUAGUGUCUGCAAUAAUCUGUCUACUUUGCUGCUUGUCGGUUUCAUCGUUCAUACAUAAGCAGCGCCAGCAUGUUAACCGGUGACUAGACAGAUUAUUGGCGACCUGAGUUGGGCUAGUAUUUGUCCAUCUUCUCAUGGAAUGUACAAGCAUAUGGUGCGCUAAUUAUUUAUAGUUGCAAUCUU